GCUGUAAUGGUAUACCGUAUAAUCAAACGAUUUCAAAUACUUCACAAGACCAAUUGCUGACAUUGAAAGCUUUCAGACGUCUCAAGAUUAAUUUUUAACGAGCACUAUAUGGUUUCACGUGUUUCGCAACAGUAAUUGAAGACAAUAAGGGUUGUAGUCAGGCGACGCGUAAUAGCUUCUGCAUGUCUAUGAAUUAUUCAAGCAACCACUUAAUGAUAUGACCGACAGCUAUGCGAUCAUUUAUGACGAUCGUCAAACUUUCUGCUUCUUUUCGCGUAACAAUCACUCGGGUUUUGGAGUUCGUUGUGCUUCUACCAUGGAUGCCACGACUGUCAUAAGGCGAUACUUGAAGACCACUAAAACGUUCACUCAAAUUUGCGGAUUAUGGUUUUAUCAAAGUACUUGUUCAAAAUAUUUUGCGCGACUUGCUGUAUUUAUAAUGGCUAUAAUAAGUACUUUUAUACAGGUAGCGAAAGUUGUAAUUUCCGAUAGUCCGGAUGCUCUAUAUGACCAGUGUCCAUUUUUGUGCACGGCGUUUUUAGUUUUGGUGAAACUAUACCAUUAUAGCGUUAAUGAACCAAGGUUCAAGGUAAUUAUGGAGGAUAUAUUCGAUGACUGGAAGGCCAUCAAAUCGAAGGCCGAAUACGAUAUUAUGAACAUAUAUGGAGAGAAAGCGGUGUUCAUUACGACUCUUUAUUUAACGGAGGCAGUAGUUGCUUCGAUUACAUUUAUUCAAAUACCUUUGGUACCGCUUGUAUUGGACAUCGUCGCACCGUUAAACGUGUCGCGAGGUAUAGGAUACAUGUUUCCAGCAUGUUACUUCAUCGACGAACAUAGAUAUUAUUACUUGAUAGUAGCACAUAUGAUUAUUGCGUUGGCAUUAAUCAUUAUCUGUAACGUUGGCUGUGAUUCGAUCUAUUCAUAUAUCGUGCAGCAUGCUUGUGGAUUAUUAGCUGUUUCUGGCAACCGUUUUCGAAAUGCAAUCCAGGCUACUGUCGUUCAAAAAGAGAAGGACGUGGACAAUGAUACGUACCGAAAAGUACGCGACUCGAUUCAAGCACACAAAAGAGCUCUAAAGUCGGUAACAUAGUAAUUCAAAUUUUUAGCUUCAUUGCAGUGCUGUAUUUGUAAAGUAGUCUAGUUAAAUACUUGUAUCCCUAAACUGUGGAAGAUUUCUUCGCCUGAGGGUGAACAUCCAGUCAGGAUUUUCAAAAAAUCGUUUCUUUUGCAUUUCUUUAUAGUAUGAUAGCUUGAAAAUAUUCUAUGCAAAUUUCAAAUUAAUCCGAUGAAUAGUUUUCGAGAUAUCCUAAAAUUAUUAAAAGCAAUGGCCCGCAGCACUCGUGCCAGCGCACCGAAGCAGAUGGAGAACACGUUUUUUACUACUGCACAAAAAAAUUAUUCAAAAUAUCCAUUUUUUCUAAAUACUUUUAUUUUAGUACUUUUAUUUUAGUACAUUUCUUUUCAUUUUUUCUAAUAUUUUUAAAAAGUAGUUUAAUAUAUUUUAUAAAACAAAUAAUACUAAAUUAUUAGUCUAUAUUUUAACUUUAUUCGAUACAAAUUCAAAACAAAAUAUUUAUUGUUAACUACGUUAUUGCCAUAAUUGUUGUACCGUGUUCCACAUGUAGUGUUUUGCGAUGACCAUCAUAAUGUUUUAUUGGUUCAUCUAAAAUCAAAUCGACGAAACAAAAUCAAUAGUUUAAUAGUUAAUCUAACACUUAAUCGUAACUCUUUCUUUUUUUUUUUAAAUUAACAAAAUGGCGGCCUCUGACUGUUUACUUACGCAUUUUCAAGGAAAAAUACGCAUGCUUUUUGUGAUUUAUAAAAAUUCGAGAUUUUAUCAGAACGAAAAAUCGAAUGAUCAAUUACAAUUUUUUAACCGACUUCGAAAAGGAGGAGGUUACUCAAUUGGAUGUGUACAUUUUUUUUUUUUUAAAUGUAUGUUGCCCGAUUCCACCGAGAUGGCCUGUCCAAUCGGGAUGGAACCUCUUGCUUCUUGUAGAACAUGUCUCCCCGGUGGUCCCGUUAUGAAGACAUUUUGCGAUUUUUCAUUUUUUUACCUGUUUCUUCUUUUGGACAAAACUGAAAAAUUUUGUACUGCUUCUUACUCCGAGAUGGAUGGACCAAUCCUGUUAUGCUAGAAUGGCAACGUCGCAUAUGUACCGAUUUCGUGUUAGCAGUCCUCCUCAGUAGGCGCCAUCUCACACAGAUCACCUGGAUGAGGGUUCAUUCGAAAGAGAAAAGUCUAACGAAGAGCGCUCCGGUCAUCGUUUGAGUCACAAAAUCCGUUUAGUAAUCUAAUAAAAAUACUUCCGUUCUGCGGAUGUAUUUUGCUCAACUUUUGCUCGAAUUUUGACGCUCAUAUGAUUAAAUAUCAACACAAUCUCGUUCAACCAUGACCAGAGUGCUCUUCGUUGGACCUUCCUGUUUCGAAUAAGGCCCUCAUUCAGCCCAAAAUAUGUUCAUAUGAGAACAAAAAGCACCGGCGCGCAAACCCAUAUUUCGGGCCAGAUUUUGUCGGUCUAUAGCGCGCUGCAUUACUCGUGUCUACGCCCUUAAGGUACUUUUGAUGAAACUUAUGUUUCUCCUUGUA